UGUUUUCAUUAUCAGCAUUGCUUUUGUUUUGAUCGCGGGCUGCAACAGCUGAUUGCGACGGAACUGCCAACCUAUCUUCCGCAUUCCGCAUUUUCCAACACUGCGUCACACAUGUGAGCAAAAAAUAACAAAAUCCAAAAAUGAUUCAACCUUCGCGGCAGCAAAUUCUGCGUUUGUACAAACAUUUAAUUCGUUACGGCAAUCAUUUAAAGCUGACCGACAAAAACUACUUUCUGGGAAGAGUACGGCACGAGUUCCGGGACAACCGAUCCCUUACAAAUCCGGCAGAAGUAGAGUUUAGUUUUAAGCGCGGAGAGACCCUGCUGAAGAAGGGACGCAUUUUGUAAGGAUGCUGAGAAGUCUGGUGCGAUUUUUGGCCCUUCCUCCGCCUGCUGUGCGCUGCAAAUCCACAGCUAAUCUUGACUACUCCCGCUUUCCCACGCUAC